AUGCUGUUUUCUUCUGCUCCGUUUUACAGUCUCUUCCAGCAUCAAAUCUGGCAGACCUGGAAGCACACAGAAAAUGAAAGGCUGCUAGACUUUGAUGCGCAUCAGUUGUCAGUGACUGCAGAUUCCGUGUCCCCAGCUGGGGACGGCCAGCACUUCAUGGUCUGCUGUGGUGCGCGUCGACAGAUAAAGGUACCUUGUGCAAAGAUGUCAAAUGCAUUGCCAUUUAUCUUGCUCUCCAUAUUCCCAAUGCUGCUGUCAGGGGCUUGGUUUCCCAAAACUUUACCCUGUGACGUCAGUUCUUCAGAAGGUACUGUGACAGUGGACUGCACAGACCGGCGCCUUACAGAAGUCCCCAGAGGGAUCCCUGGAAACGCUACCAACCUUACCCUGAGUAUUAACCAUAUUCCCCAUAUCUACCCAACAUCCUUCAAUCGUCUUGAAAACCUCCAGGAGAUUGACUUCAGAUGCAACUGUGUGCCUGUCAAACUAGGGCCCAAAGAUCAUGUGUGCAACAGCCCACUGAAAAUUGAGAAUGGAAGUUUUGCUGCCUUGACAGGAUUGAAGUCAUUGUAUUUGGAUGCAAACCAGCUGGCAGAAAUACCACGAGGUCUUCCUGCUACUUUAACACUGCUGAGCCUGGAAGCAAACAAUAUCUCUUCUAUCCAAAAAGCCAACUUCUCAGAGCUAGGAAACAUAGAGGUGUUGUACCUUGGACAAAACUGUUACUACCGCAAUCCAUGCAAUGUUUCAUUUGAAAUUGAGAGAACAGCCUUUCUGGGGCUGAAAAAGUUAACAAUACUAUCCCUGAAGUCCAACAACUUAACACAAAUUCCACCCAAUUUGUCAUCUACUUUAAAGGAACUGUAUAUUUACAACAACAUGAUACAAGAGGUUCAAGAACAGGAUUUAAGUGGCCUUCACAACCUAGAAAUUCUCGACCUCAGUGGCAAUUGCCCACGUUGCUAUAAUGCCCCGUAUCCUUGCAUUCCCUGUCCCAAGAGCUCUAUUCAGAUACAUCCCAAGGCUUUUGAUUCGUUGCAAAAUUUAAAGAUUUUGCGGCUUCACAGUACCUCUCUUCAGAGCAUACCCAGCAGCUGGUUUAAGAACAUCAAGAAUCUGAAAGAACUUGACCUCUCCCAAAAUUUCCUCAUGAGGGAGAUUGGAGAUGCUCGGUUUUUGACAUUGAUCCCCAGCCUUGUGCAGCUUGAUCUGUCAUUUAAUUUUGAACUGAAGGUAUAUUCUCCCUUCUUGAAUCUUUCAGAGACAUUUUCUUCUCUCUCUAACCUGGAGACCCUGAGGCUCAAGGGUUAUGUCUUUAAAGAACUGAGAGCACAAGAUCUACAUCCACUGCUCAGUCUUAGCAAUCUAACCGUGUUGGAUCUCGGGACUAAUUUUAUUAAAGUUGCAGACCUGAAAGUGUUUGAAAAAUUCCCAGCUCUUAAGUUCAUUGACCUCUCAGUGAAUAAAAUUUCUCCUUCUUCAGGGGAAAGCAACUUCUAUGGAUUUUGCUCUAAUCCUGGCAUUUCAGUUGAGCAAUACACCAGGCAAGUACAACAGGAGAUGCAUUAUUUCAGGUAUGAUGUGUAUGGGCGAAGUUGCCGUUCCAAAGACAAAGAGGCUUCUUCCUAUGAGUCUCUAGUUAAGGAAGAUUGCCUUAACUAUGGAAAAACUCUGGAUUUAAGCAGAAACAAUAUAUUCUUUGUUAACCCCUCAGACUUCCGGGGCCUUAGCUACCUCAAAUGUCUCAACUUGUCAGGUAAUGCAAUAAGUCAGACUUUAAAUGGAAGCGAAUUCUCUUACAUGUCUGGAUUGAAAUAUCUGGAUUUUUCUAACAACAGGGUUGAUUUGCUAUACCAAACUGCUUUCAAUGAAUUAAAACUUUUAGAAAUUCUAGAUCUGAGCAAUAACCAGCAUUAUUUCCUGGCUGAAGGUCUUACUCAUGUGCUAAGUUUUAUGAAAAACCUGGCCCAUUUGAGGAAGCUGAUGAUGAAUUGGAAUGAGAUUUCUACCACUACUGAUACCGGAAUGGAAAGUCAAUCUCUUCGAAUUUUAGAAUUCAGAGGAAAUCGCUUAGAUGCUCUCUGGAAGGAUGGCAAUGAUAGAUAUUUGUCCUUCUUCAAGAAUCUGACCAGCCUGGAAGAACUGGAUAUCUCCUUCAACUCACUCAGUUUUUUGCCUCGUAGUGUUUUUGAAAAGAUGCCUCCCAGUCUCAAGAUCCUCAACUUAACGAAUAAUCAACUGAAGAGUUUCAUCUGGGGAAACCUCCCCUCUCUGAAGAACCUAGUAACUCUGGACCUGAGCAAUAACCUUCUGAGUACUGUUCCCCGAGAACUGUCCAAUUGCACUUCAUCUCUCCAGGAACUGAUGCUCCGGAACAAUCGCAUUCAGCGGUUAACCAAAUAUUUUCUCAGAGGUGCUUUUGAACUGAGGUACUUGGACCUCAGCUUAAACAAGAUUGAAAUAAUUAAGAGAUCUAGCUUCCCUGAAAAUGUCAUUAACAACCUGAAGAUGCUGCUUUUGCAUGGCAAUCCUUUUAAGUGUAACUGUGAGGCUGUGUGGUUUGCCUGGUGGAUCAAUCGGACGCAGGUGACCAUUCCUCUUCUGGCCACAGACGUGACCUGUGCUGGCCCAGGGGCACACAAGGGAAAGAGCAUGGUUUUCUUGGAUCUGUACACCUGUGAGCUGGACACGUCAUAUUUGAUCCUGUAUGCUCUGUCAGCUUCAGCUGUCCUUGGCUUGAUGGUGUUCACAGUGAUGAGCCAUCUCUACUUCUGGGAUGUGUGGUAUAGCUACCAUUACUGCACUGCCAAGCUGAAGGGCUAUCGGCGCUUGUCUUCACCAGCUGCUUGCUACGAUGCCUUUAUUGCCUAUGACAGUGAAGAUCCAGCUGUGAACGAGUGGGUGCUGCAAGAACUGGUUGAGAGGCUGGAAAACCAAAAAGCCAGGCAGUUCAAUUUAUGCCUGGAAGGAAGGGACUGGCUCCCAGGACAGCCGGUCUUUGAUAACCUUUCCCAGAGCAUUCAGCUGAGCAAAAAGACCAUAUUUGUGCUGACCCACAGGUAUAUUAGAAGUGGCCGCUUCAAGACCACCUUUUAUAUGGCUCAUCAGCGGCUUCUGGAUGAAAAAAUGGAUGUCAUUAUCUUGAUCUUUCUUGAGAAGGUUUUGCAGAAGUCCCGCUAUGUCCGCCUGAGGAAGAGGUUGUGCAGAAGUUCAGUCCUGGAAUGGCCAACUAAUCCCCAGUCUCAGCCCUACUUCUGGCAGUGCCUGAAAAAUGCCAUAGCUACCAGCAAUUCUCUGGCUUACAACAAGCUUCUCCAAGAAACUGUUUAG